CCCUACAAGUCUGCACAGAAAAGUCAUCUGAAUCGUCAUAUGCUAACCCACGCAACAUCUCAUCUCAAUGCUCGGAGUAUACCGCCCGUGCCUCCUGCAUCCCUCUAAGGUGGAUCUGGUGCCUAAUGACGACAAAGCACAUGUAACCGCACAAGAAAGAAGCUUCCUAUAUUGGCCUCCUCGUGGCAGUCUCCAGAUUAUGCCCGUCCGCUCAACGAACGACAACGCAUUCACUUCAAAAUCUGAAUUGACCAACCGCAAUCCAUCGAACCUCACAAACGAUAUUAACUUGGACAUCCUCCAAAUGUUUAGCCCGUCUGCACCCUAUGAGGGAAGCGUACGAGAGCCUAAGAAAAUGCUUAGCUGUUCUUACUGUUCGUACAAAACUUCCGUCAAAACUAACCUUCGUGUACACGAGCGCACACAUACUGGGGAAAAACCGUACACGUGUCCUCAUUGUGACUACCGUUCAUGCCAGGCAUCAAACCUCAAAAGCCACCUCAUUCGACACGCAACGGAUGUAAUUAACGGACCUCCACAGUAAUCGCGCUGUUGCUCUUUGUUACAUGGAUAGGUUAGUGUACAUUACGGAGUUGGUUAGAAUUGGAACGCAAGAAGCAGAACCAUCGGAGUAUUUUGGCACAGCAUCGAUAAGGAUCAAGCAGUUACAAAAACUCAAUUUUAAUGAUCAAUCUGUGCGUUUAAUUAACGACAUCCUAAUUGUUUAUUUUUUCCGUUAUUCAAUAAUGAUUCAAUACUUAGUGAACCUAAGUCAUUGAAAAACAUGGCGUUAGUUACUACAGUGCCUCUUGCAUUUCAAUAUCUGCCAAAAUAUGCGUCGCAACGGCAUCAUAAAAGUAUCCCAAUUAAUUUUUCAAGUCGUCGAUAAAACUAGUAUGUAUGUUGCAGGAAUUUUUUUGUGGAAAGGUCGCGUAUCACGUUUUAGUGACGAUUCUGUUCAUUUCAAAAGAGAAGUUAAACCUGUUGAAGUUUUUUUUUUUUAACUUCCUGACGAAUUGAAUUGAAUGUCGUUCAUUUCUUAAGAAAGACGCUUGUCUUAAAUGGACAGAUCACGAUACAUGCCAUUGAUUCUAGUUAAUUUUUGUUAACCGUGUUAAGGUAUGGAUAAGCUCUUCGUCUGCACUCUGUCUAAAUCGGAAAUUCUUAUAUGAUAUUUUAUGUUCUCGACUUUGGUAGAAACUGUCUUGUAUUGCUGCUCGUUACAAUAAAAGGAUUUUUCAAUUACA